AUGCCAGGUCUCCUCGGAAAGAAGUUCCCUGCGCCAGUCGCGCGCCCAAUGGCUCCUUUCUACGCUGCUGGUCUGAUCAUCCUGUACGGAAUCAACUCCGCCCAGACGGCGAUGAUGAACAGCGUCGAGUUCAAGAAUGAUCCUCGCAACCCAAAUGCUGGAAAGGCUCCUGUUGAGAAGCACUAG